AAUAGCUAGAGCUUUAGCGCACGUGCCAUUUUCGUUUUGGACGUCAACGUUUGGAAUGUACCAUUUUUCAAGGGGUGCCAAUUGACUGAUGCUAAACGACUAACUUUAAAAACUCACAAUAAGUGUUAAUAUGGCACCUGGUGCUGGUUUUUACGGGUUAAUUUUAUUAUCAGUGGAAACGGUGAGCGAGCAUGUGACCAGUCUUGUUCUUUUUUUGUUUCAAUUUCACACCGAGCGUAAACCCUGAUUCAGAUGAGAUGGGAGAGCCGGAGCCAACGACCAAAAGCUUAGGUCUCCUUCAGGAACGGCGAAAAAAUUGGAAUUACUAGGUGAUCGACCAAAAAGCGAUAAAUACAAUUUUUGUACCGGCGAGAAAAGAGGUGACAAAUGCAGCACAUACGUAGCUGCGCAGACCACAACCCACCCAACCCGAGGGAAGCGAAAACUGCUGCACUAAAUUUUGGCUAUUUGGAACCUUCUUCAGAGAUCUGACAGAGGCACAGGGGUCCCCCAGUUCCCAUUUCUCAAAACCUUGAACGGAGGAGAGUGAAGACCUGUCUCCUUCAUUUCUCUCUCUUUUUAUUCCUUUCUUUCUCCCAGUAUGGCGGCGUGGGACCUGUCAGUCACAGUGGAGGACCUGGGGCCUGACGCCCCACCUGUCACCAUCAGUGUGACCUCUGACCUCCAUGUCGGAGGGGUCAUCCUCAAACUGGUGGAAAAGACACAGAUAAAGCGUGAUUGGUCAGACCAUGCACUGUGGUGGGACCAGAAGCAGCGGUGGCUGCUGCGGACAGCCUGGACACUGGAGAAAUAUGGCAUCCACGCCGACGCCCGGCUUCUCUACAUGCCCCAGCACAAGCCCCUGAAGCUGGGCCUGCCCAAUGGCAUUACCCUGAGGCUCCCAGCCUGCUUCUCCGGCCCGGUCUUCCAGACCGUGAUGGGCAUCUGCAGAAUGCUCAACAUCCGUCACCCAGAGGAGCUCUCCCUCCUUCGGCCUUUAGAGGAGAAAAAGAAGAAGAAAGAUAAGGACUCCACAGAGGAGAUCUACGACCUGACCGAGGUGCCCCUCUCCUCGGUGUCCCGGCCCUCUCUAUAUAACGGCAUGCCAGCUCACUUCGCUGACUCCCCUCAGAUGGAGGCCAUCUACAGGAUGCUGUCAGUUACUCAGCCUCCCCCCGCCCCAGAGGUCAUAGCCAAGCAGUACCGCCCAGCCAGUGUAGUGGACAAGGCCCACAUCAAUGGCAGGUGGUUGGACUCAUCCCGUUGUCUUAUGCAGCAGGGCAUCCAAGAAAAUGACCGACUCUGGCUUCGCUUCAAAUACUUUGCCUUCUAUGACAUAGAACCCAAGUACGAUGUUGUGCGUCUGACCCAGCUGUAUGAACAGGCUCGCUGGGCCAUCCUGCUGGAGGACAUCGACUGCACCGAGGAGGAGAUGAUGCUGUUUGGCGCUCUGCAGUACCACAUCAGUAAAGUGUCUCAGUCGGAGCCCCAGACGCUGAGCUCCAGUGCAGCCAUGGACGACUUGGAGUCAGCCCUGCAGUCCCUGGAAGUCAAGAUGGAGGGAGAGGGCAGCUCGGCAUCCGAGCUGCUGGAAAACAUGACUGCACCAGAACUCAACGACUAUCUGAAGAUAUUCAGGCCAAAGAGGUUGACACUGAAGGGAUACAAGCAGUACUGGUUCAAGUUCCAGGAUACCUCCAUCUCUUAUUUCAAGAGCAAAGAGGAGAGCAUCGGAGAGCCCAUUCAACAGAUAAACCUCAAAGGAUGUGAAGUGGCUCCGGACGUUAACAUGGCCGCACAGAAGUUCCUUAUCAGACUCCUGAUACCAGCGCCUGAGGGCAUGAAUGAGGUUUAUCUGCGCUGUGAAAACGAGCAGCAGUAUGCUCAGUGGAUGGCUGCCUGUCGGUUGGCCUCCAAAGGCAAGAGCCUCGCAGACAGCAGUUUCCAGAUUGAAAUACAGAGCAUCCAGUCCUUCCUGGCAAUGCAAAAGACCAACUCCAGUUCCCAUAGCAACGCACCUGCCAGUGAUGAAAGCAUCAAUACCCACAGUCUGGUAUCGCCACGCUACCAUAAGAAGUAUAAAACCAAACAGCUGACCCCUCGUAUCCUGGACGCGUACCAGAACGUGGCUCGGCUCUCACUGACUGAAUCAGUGAUGCGCUUCCUGCAGAUCUGGCAGGCGCUGCCUGACUUUGGCCUCUCAUACGUCGUUGUCAGGUUCAAGGGUAGCCGAAAAGACGAGGUACUCGGCAUCGCCCCAAACCGCCUGAUCCGCAUCGACCUGGGGGUGGGUGAUGUGGUCAAGACCUGGCGCUACAACAACAUGAAGCAGUGGAAUGUCAACUGGGACAUACGACAGAUGGCCAUUGAGUUUGAAGGCAAUGUCAACAUUGCAUUUAGCUGCGUGACUGCUGACUGCAAAAUCGUUCAUGAGUUUAUCGGAGGCUACAUUUUUAUGUCGACACGCAGUCGUGAGAAGAGCGACACGCUCAAUGAAGAACUCUUCCACAAGCUGACCGGUGGCCACGAAGCUCUCUAAGACUAGAACACACAAACACAACAGAUACCCACAUCAGAUCUUCUGUGUGUCUCAACAAUGGAAAACCAUGUGAAAUAGGAUUGUAUGUUACAUUCAGGCAACAACAAAAGAUCACAACAGUUUAACAAAUGGUUAAAAUAAGAUAUUCUUUUUAUGUGUAAAUGUGUAAACCCAUCUUGUCAGUCCACUUAAGUUUUUAUCUAGCCUUUGUUCCACACACACACACAUACACAUACACACACCGUUAUUCGUAACCUCCAUCAGAGGAUGGAAAACUUUACAUGUUCAGACAGUUCAAGACUCCAAUGAUCCUCACGCUGACUUCCACUUUCCUUCAGGAUGGACUCCUGCUAGGCCAAACUGCUGGUCAUCUGGUUCAGCAUCAGCAAGGAUCAGACUCACGGGAAUGUAAAAAUCAACACUUGGAUAAGCCAGCAGCUACUAAUGUUUUUUGCCUUUUAGUAUUCAGAUUUCUAAUGAGUAUGGCUCAGGAUGCAAAGCCGUCCUUUGUCCAGAGCUGCAGUCUUAUUGUCACAUGGAAUUUUGUUAGAAAUGAAUGGCACAUUACAACAGCCACAUUAUUAUUAGAACUAAGAAUUAAAACAAUGAGGGUAUAAAAGUCAUCCCAAUAUGAAAUGUG